GGGUCACCGUAUAUGAUAUAGCUAGUUCAACUUUUUCUUCCUUCUGUGUCUUUCCUUCCUGCUGCGGACAAGAGAUUUCAACAACUGCGCCAACGAAAAAAAAAAGCCUGGCAGCUGCGGACGACCCGAAGCCAGACUGAACUUGGAGUUGUUGCUGAGCACGCCCCCAGUUAUUCUGAACACUAAUUUAACUCUUUUUCACAUACCACCCGCCUGUUAUACCCCUUUGCACCUUUUUCCAUUAUACCCCAUGUCCCAACUCGCCCUCCCCGCCCAUCAAGAAAAUCAUGCCCUCAAAGGCGGCGACGACGAUAUCGAGUAUGAAGAGCUCGGACUGUUGCCCGCAGAUAUCCCUCCUGUUCCCUCCUUUCGCGGCAUUCCAUUGAAAUACAUAUCGCUCGUCACAUUGGCGGUCCAGAAUUCUCUCUUAACGUUAAUAAUGCACUAUUCUCGCGUGUCCAUCCCUCCUUCCCAGUCUUACUCUGCGCCAACCGCCGUUCUCCUCAACGAGCUUCUCAAAGGGUCCAUAUCACUCGCCAUCGCUUUCGCCCGUAUAAAUCGCUCCACGCCCUACACGUCCGACACCCCACAGCUACCACUUACUGCCAGCCGCUUCUGGCAUCCUACAAAGGUUCUCCUGCGCGUUCGACGACUGGGCAGAGAAGUCUUUUCACCGGAUUGCUGGAAGCUGUCGAUACCCGCCAUCCUAUAUGUCAUUCAGAAUAAUCUGCAGUAUGUUGCGGCCACCAAUUUAGAAGCGGCAACUUUCCAAGUCAGUUAUCAAAUGAAAAUCCUUUCCACGGCGGCGUUUUCAGUAUUGCUCCUGCGAAAACAGCUAAGUGCUAGCCAAUGGCUAGCGCUGUUGUUCCUUGCUAUCGGAGUUGGCGUGGUACAAAUACAGACUGGUGUGAGCGACACUAGCAAGGUCGCAUCCUCGUUGUUGUUCCAUGGCACCUCGAUGAACGCCCUCAAGGGGUUCCUCGCGGUCUUUGCCGCAUGUUUCACAUCCGGCCUUGCAGGUGUCUAUUUCGAAAUGGUCCUCAAAAAUUCUCAGUCCGAUCUCUGGAUCCGCAAUGUGCAGCUCUCCGCAUUCUCCCUCCUCCCUGCCCUUGUUCCCAUCAUCCUCACACGACCAUCUGAAACGGGACUCAUAAGUUCACUGUUCGAGAACUUCGGCGCCUGGGCGUGGGCCACGGUUGCCAUCCAAGUGUUUGGUGGUCUGGUCACUGCUAUGGUCAUCAAGUACUCUGACAAUAUCCUCAAGGGCUUCGCCACGAGCUUGUCUAUCGUGAUCUCGUUCCUGGCGUCUGUCGCACUCUUUGACUUCCAGAUGACGUUCACGUUCAUUCUCGGCUCUGUCAUUGUCCUUAUCGCAACUUGGCUGUACAACCAGCCCGGGAGAAGCCCCAGCACAUCAAGGCUAGCGUACGUGGGCAAGAAUUGAGCGUAGUGCACAUUGGGAUAGCACGUUUUCGAGCUGGACUUCUUUCAGCCCGUCGUCGUCGCUCUGGGAGUGCUCGGAACACUUCGUCUUCGACCACUUAUAUACACCGAUAAGGACGGUCACACUUGUUAAAUUCGGACAUGCAUCUGGACGCUUAACUUUAUGGACACACCCCCUAUUCUGUGUCCCCAUCCUCACGUUGUCCUAAUUUGAUUGCGCGACGAUAGUCGGCCUACGAUAUACAAUGUGAUAUACAAUACAAUCAAUA